GCCGAAAUCAACUUCAGCCAUUUUUUACAACAUUGUGGUGCAGGCAGGACGGAUCCAGGUUCAGAGGUGAAAGCAGUUAUUAAUCGUUUUUCAUUGGUUAUCUUCAUGUCACGUGAUACGCAGACGACAAAUGCUGUUGUUCUAAGCCCAGCAAUGUCUAUAUCAGGCUACAUCACUCCAACACAAGGAUAAUAAACUCUGGUUGCUUCUAAGGUCUCUUCACAUUACAGAUAAUUAAUGUGUAAUUAUAUUUGAAAGUACAAGUCCACACUUCGUACUUUUCAGAACAUUUCAGUGCAUAGUGUUAUAGAGCUCAUGAAUCGCCGCUGCUUUCGCCUUUAAGACAAAGUUAAGGGCGUGAAAUAGCCCUUUAAUUCCUGUUCCGGCAGUCAUCUCGGUUUGUUGCUGUUGCCUGUUAACGCCGCUUGAAUGUCGUUACUUCACUAUAGUGUGCAGUAUAAUGGUGAAACAAUCAGUCUUUCUACGGGACAAGAGACAUUUGUGAGUGAUUGAGAAGCUUCCCUUGCUUCCAGCAAUGUCGAGCCCCUCUACUACCCACUUAGCUUUACCGCAUUGGGACGGGGGCUCUCGAAAAAUUCGCUUUAUUCAGCUGGUGAAUCUGACAUCGUUCAGACUGACAGACUGCUCCAACAAGAGUCCAGUGGUUCCUCUCUUUUUAGGCGCUGAUCUGUUUUCCAACACAGACAUUCGCACAGAGAACCAUCCCAGAUACCAUGCCAAGUUUGCCAAGAAAGGCUUUGCAACGAAAAUACAUUUUUCCUCAGCGUUCAGGUUCCAUGGGCUGAAGGUAUCUACUGCAAACAACAGCCUCUGGUUCUACAGCGUUCAGGGACUUUUCCGAGUAGCGUUCGAGAUGUACAGUAAGCAGGAGCAGCUUGAUGUGCUUGAGAACUUCCAGGAUGUUUGGAAAUCCCAGAUAAAUGACAGCCCUCUGAAAGCGAGUUACAGCCUCAGUGUGCAGCUGGACAAUGCUCCGCCCAGCAGCCUGCAGGAUACAGAAUCCAGGAGGGAAAUGUCACAACCUCAGCAUCGCCAGGUUGGUAGGGAAUCGAUGGAUGUAUAUAGCAGUGAAACAGUCGAUGCAUCGGCAGAUCACGCCUACUGUUCUUUUCCUAAACAGACAUUGCAAACAGAGCACAGCCAACUUGUUGUUUCGACAGUGAGAGAGAAAUUACAGAGCUUGGAUGACAAACUCUCCUCUGAGACUCACAGCUACACAGAGCAGCUGGAGACUAUCUUGCUGCUUUUGGAGAACAUUGAGCGGUACAUGAAUGGGAAUCUAGAAGAAAAGGAUGUAACAGACACGGUCAUAGCCCUACUAAAGGCCAAAGACUGGGGCAGUGUGUAUUCAAGUUCCCUGCUCUGUGGUGUAGGACGGUGGCUAGGCCAGCAGUUUCACGCAGCCAACGGCAGCAUCAGCCAGAGAGUGGAGGACUUUAAAGUUCAGCACAUUGAGCGGAUUAGUGACUUGCCACCUGCUGAGGAACUAGUGACAGAGCUUUUCCCAGAAGCCAUGCAGACUCUGCUGCUACAUUGGAUGGGUUUAAGUGAGGAGUCCACUGUGGAGAAGAGACACAGCGAGUUCCCCAUCCUGCUCCUCAUCCUCGAGUUCGCCAACCACAACCUCAUCACCGGUGUUGCUCAUGUGCUGUACUCCAGUCUUAUAUGUAAAUAGGAGAUUUUCAUUUAGGCGUAAACACCAAGAAUUUAACUGGACCUUUUUUACCAGUAUUUUAAUGAAUAUCUAUUUUUGUAUAUACAACUGUCCUUUAUUUGCUUUGGCAAAAACUAGACUGUACAAACGGGCCUUCUAUCAGGUUUCGUAACAACUAGGGCUGCAGGAAAACUCUAUUGUGUCGACUUUCAGGGGAGUCCUUUUGCUAGGGUCUAAUCAUUUGUUUAUCUUAAAUUAUGAUUGCACACAAAUUGUGUUUUACAAAACAUGUAACAUUUUGUGAAGAUAAUGCAUGGUUCUAAAACAUAAUUAAUAUGAAUAAAACACAAUUCAUUGAACUUAACAAUA